AUGGAGAGGGCGCGCCGAGCUGUGCACCAGCAGGGUGACCACGUGGAGACGACGCACGUGGCGAAGAGUCGUAUUGCGACCGGCAAGAUGGGUAAAUCCCCCGUGACGACCCGGACGGGCCAAUUCCAGGAGAUUUGGUAGGCGAGGAAGAAGAGAGACGGGCAAUGGGCGUGCCCAAGGAAAAGGGCCUACUAGAACGAGAGGCUCACACGCGACAAGUCGCGCAGCCGGAAACAACCGAAGUGCGAGUACACAUUGCAUUGACGCAGACGCGAAAGACUAAAGUGAUACUUCAAACCAAAAGCCAACAACAACCAACAACGCAACGAGUCUCGCACCCGGGGAAGAAAGAAGCGCCGAGGACGCCAAUGCUACACUUGGUAUUCGGGUUCU